UGAAGAACUUGGAAACUGGCAGAAGCACUCCAGGAGUAAAGAUGUUUUUUGGCCGUGAAAUAGUCAAUGUGGAGUUGCUGGAUGAACCAGAUUCAGGCAAGGGAACAGCAGUGCUCUCAGAGUAUGUUGAAAUGUUUCCUUCCUUUCAUGAGAAGAAGGAAGAAGAGCGUGUGGAGUACACGGUUGUUGAUUGUUUCCAGCAGAAAUUUGGCCCAGCAGUGCUGCACCUAAAACAGCAGUGUGUUGUCAGUAUAGCAGGAGAAGGUGUGAAUUUGUGUCGUCAUGGAAAACUCUCAUGGCUUGAGAUAGCAACAAAGAGCCGUAUUUUUCUAUUUGAUAUCUUCCUUCUGGGACCUCAGGCUUUUAAAAACGGAUUACAAAUGGUGCUGGAAGAUAAAAACAUCUUGAAGAUCAUGCAUGACUGCCGCUGGAUCUCAGACUGCCUCUUUCACCAGUAUGGUGUCCUUCUCUUCAAUGUCUUUGAUACACAGGUUGCUGAUGCUCUGCAGUUCUCAAUGGCAACAGGUGGCUUCCUUCCGCACCGUGUCUGCACGUUACAGGAAUGUUUGAUGCAGCAUUUGAAGAUACCUUCCAAAUGGGAUGCCAUCAUGAAGUGCAGGCAGCAGAUGGCUUCAGAGAAUCCUGAUAUAUGGUUCUUGAGACCCUUUCCAGCUUCUCUGCUUAAAGCCCUUGCUCUGAAGGCUAUGUACCUUCUGCUGCUUCACUCAUCUCUAAUGGAUAACUUGAUGUCUGACCUAACAGCUGUAGUACAUGAUUAUUUAAAUGCUUAUCGGACUGAGUCUGAAGAUCAUCUUGGGAGCACAAAGCCCACUUGCAUGGAGCUGCCAGAGGAGCUGCGUCAGCUGGUAGACAUCUGGAAGCUGCGAAGGGAGAAAGCAAUAAAAGACUACAGAAUGAAUGAGGAUGGUCUUUUGAUCAGACCAGUCAUGGAAUUAAAUGAGAGAAACGAUCCACGGAAGGAUGGAAACUACAAAGAUGACAGGGAUUGCUUUCCCACAAAUAAAGCGGUGUCUCAAAAUACAUCCUUCUGCAAUCAGGAUGUACUUUUUCAAGAAAAGCUUGAAAAUCAAAAUCAAGUGGUUUGUAAAACUCUCAUCCAGUCCAGGUAUGUGAAGAGGGGAGCUUUUAAGAUGACUGUUCAUUGA